AUGCUGAAUUUACAAGACUAUGGAAGCAGUAGUGGAGAAGAAUCAGUUGACGAAUCAAAGUUAAUCCAUUUAAAGCCAAUUGAUUCAAAAUAUUCAGUUGCUAAAUCAAUUCAAAUUGUUGCUUGUCCUGUGGUAGUUCCAACAGAAAGAGCUAUCGCCGAGAGAGCGGUUAAAGCUACCGAUGGCGAAUUACAGUACAAUCCAAAAUAUGAGGAACUUUUUGCACCAAUUCAAGGUCCCGACAAUCCUUUCAAAUCUGAACAACAAAAAGCACUUAAGAACACAGCAACUGGAUUUGUUGAACCCGCACAUAUAAGCGACUUUCAAUUUGAAAAUCAACGAAGAACAUUUCAUAGCUAUGGAUAUGCCUUAGAUCCAUCUGCAGAUAAAGCAACAGCAGGAGAUAAUUAUGUUGGUCAUCUUGAAGCAGCUUACAAUACUGACGGCAAAACAGUCUUCGAAUCAAACAAAAUAAAACCAGAAAAUAAACGAAAACGUCAUAAAAAUGACGACCCUACUGAUCUUGAAGGAUUUCUCGGACCAUGGGGUAAAUAUAAAGAUGAAGAGCUUGUGUCUCAACCAACAGAUCAAGAGAAAGCAGAAAUUGAAGAGAUGAUGGCGAAAAAACAACGACGAAAUAAGCGUGAAAUUGAAGAGAAACCUGUUGAAGAGAAGUCAAUUCUCCACAUCAAUGAUUCAGUCGAUUAUCAAGGGCGAUCCUUCCUUCAUCCACCGCAUGAUGUUGGCGUCAGUUUGAAAGCUGGCGCACAUCCCGAUCGAUGCUUUCUUCCUAAAGCUCACAUUCACACCUGGACUGGACACACGAAAGGCAUCUCUGCUAUUCGAUUAUUUCCUAAAUCCGCUCAUUUACUGCUAUCCUGUGGCAUGGAUGCAAAAAUCAAGAUUUGGGAAGUUUACAAUGAACGUCGUUGUGUUCGAACUUAUACUGGACAUCGUCAAGCUGUUCGUGAUAUUGAUUUCAAUGCUCGUGGAACUCAAUUUGUAUCAGCUGGUUACGAUAGAUAUCUUAAGCUUUGGGACACAGAAACAGGAAAUGUCGUUUCACGAUUCACGUCAAGAAAAGUUCCAUAUUGCGUUAAAUUCCAUCCCGAUUACAAUAAACAACAUUUGUUUGUCUGCGGAACAUCUGAUAAGAAGAUUCUCUGUUGGGACACAAGAAGUGGUGAAAUUGUACAAGAAUAUGAUCGACAUUUAGGCGCUGUAAACACAAUAACCUUUGUUGAUGAGAAUAGAAGAUUUGUGACAACAUCUGAUGACAAAAGUAUGAGAGUUUGGGAAUGGGACAUUCCAGUUGAUAUGAAAUAUAUUGCGGAUCCAACAAUGCACUCAAUGCCAGCCGUGACUCUCGCUCCUAAUGGGAAAUGGCUUGCUUGUCAAAGUCUCGACAACAAAAUUGUAAUAUUUUCAGCCAUCAAUCGCUUUAAAAUGAACCGUAAGAAGACUUUCGAUGGACAUAUGGUGUCAGGAUAUGCAUGUGGCUUGGACUUUUCACCUGACAUGUCGUUCUUGGUAUCAGGAGAUGGAGACGGAAAAUGCUACAUUUGGGAUUGGAAGACAACUAAACUCUAUAAGAAAUGGCAAGCACAUGAAGGAGUCUGCAUUAGCACGCUUUGGAAUCCACACGAAUCAAGUAAAGUCAUCACAGCUGGAUGGGACGGACUCAUCAAAUAUUGGGACUAA